AUGAAGGGUGUUAAACUUCGAUGGUUCCCUACAGCCAUGCAGCCAUGCGGUAUAGCCACAGGCAACAACAACUCCCUUUGGGUCGUUCUGCAGGGAGGCGGCAGCCUAAACGCUGUAGCUCAGUAUAGCAAAAAGGGCCACGUCAUUGCCACGUACAAGUGCAACGGCCGAUUUAGAAUCUACGACAUUGCAGUGGACAGGAUUUCCGACAAAAUCGUACUGACAAUAACACGACGUUCCGGUAAAACCAGCCAGGCGGAGGCAGUGUGGUUCCGUCCUGCUUACACGAAUGGGAAGCCGAUAUGUAACUUGAGCAGGUUUGGGACGAUAGAAGGGAGUUAUGCACGGUCUGUCACAGUGGACAGAAAAGGGAACAUCUUCAUUGCAGACAGGUAUAACCAUCGUGUUCUCAAGUAUGACAAGAAUGGAGUCUACGUCUCCAGUUUUGGUAGUCAAGGUCUUGGGUCGGGGAGCCUUCAUAGGCCCAGGGGAGUCAGUGUGGACGGUUGGGGCCGUGUGAUUGUGGCUGAUACUGUGAACCACCGGGUGGAGAUGUUCACGGCUGAGGGGGAUCAUGUCUGCACCGUUGCCUACAUCAAGACACCACUGCGUGUUGCUGUAGGUGGGGACGGGCACCUCGUCGUGUACAAAAAUGCACUUGUACCAAUCUUGCCCCAAAAUUAA